AUGGAUAGGCCGAUUUUCCCCCAGGCGCUGUCAACGGCGCUGGUUGCGCGGCUGAAAAACACGCCGAACCCGUUGUUCAUCGCAUCGUUGCCUGCCAGAGGGUCUAAGAGGGCCGCAUCGAGCCGUAUUAACUACGCAGAGGAUUUCGAGUUGGACUUUGAAGACGACCAGGAUCAGGACUACGACGAGGACGGCGCAGCAGGCUCGCGCAACAACGCCAAUGGCGCCGGUGUCAAUAUGACGCUGUUUAAGGGCAAAGAUGCUCCGCGCGAGAAGUAUAAGACCGUGUUUACAGAGGCGGAGAACCUUGCCAAUUGCUCUGUCCCCGAACAAAUGGUGCCCAUCAAGUUGAACUUGGAAACAAGCGGCACACGGGUCAACGAUUUGUUCAUGUGGAACUUGAACGAGAGUUUGGUCACCCCAGAACUGUUUGCCACUAUCAUGUGUCAGGAACUCGAUCUGCCCAAAUACAGCGAGGCCACGAUCUCGGGCCAGAUCAGAGAACAGCUGGACGCGUACCGGGCCAUCACAUCGGCACCAUUGCCCCAGCUGUUCCAGGAGAAGGAACUCCACGCAAUCAUGGACAUAUCGAUCAGUCUAGAUAACACCCUGUACGAAGACAAGAUCGAGUGGGAUAUCCUUAAUAGUGCCAUAACGCCAGAAGAGUUUGCACGCACCGUGGUGGCAGACAUGGGGCUCCAACGGGAGUUCCAGAACGCAAUUGCUAUCUCGCUGCACGACGCCAUCUAUAAGCUCAAGAAGGAGUUCUUGGAGAACCCGCAACAGAUCCUGUUCAACAACGAGAGUCUGCCGCUGCUCAACAAGGUGUACCAGCCGCCUGCACCAGAAGCAGAAAACGGGUCGCCUGGCGUGGUUUCCCUGGAGCUGCAAGGACUGCGGUUCGACAGCAAGAAGUACGGAACAGACUUCAGUCCUCGUGUCGAAACCCUUACACCGUGGGAGAUCGAGAAGAGAGAGAUUGAAAGAGAACGUAAUAUCAGACGGCUCAAGAGAGAAACAAUGCGUGUUUCCGGCAUAGGCAGCUCGAUGAUGGCCGCCACGCCUGCCAAUGACCGCAACGCCAACUCCAAGCGCAAAUACGACGAGCUGGAAGGCACCUGGAAAUUUGAUCGAUAG